CCACCAACCACGUGACAUAUUUUUCCAACAUACGACUUUUGAUGCCGUUAAAUUCUUCCAGAAUUAUCAUCUUUCUUUUCAUUUUCCAGAAUUACCGUACUCAGAAGAAACAGUAAUUUUCAAUUUCCUUUUCACUCAGUGUAGGAUUAAUAUGGGGGAGGUAGUAAAAUCUUUCAUUGCCCGGAAAUCAGGCAAUGCAGAAUGCCUACUACUGCUAGGAUUCUUACUCCCUUCCCUCUUCGACAUAUAAAGACUGGAUCUUUCUCCUAUUUGACACAUUCUCCUCUGUUAGCUACUGAUCACUGCCACUGUCACAUCCGUUUGGCUUCCCGGAAGUGAGGCCGCAAGCAGUGUCCUUAACCAUGUUCUCGGGCUUCUCGGCUAAUCUGGUCGCGGGAGAUCUAGUCGCCUUUGUGAUCGCCGGCGGAGUCGCCUUCUCCUGUCUCCGGUUCUGGGAGGAGAUUGCUAAAAGAGGAAUUUUUGAACAGAAUCUAAACAGAAAGUUUGUUCAUAUUACCAUGGGUCAUGUUUUCAUGCUUUGCUGGCCAAUGUUCAGUCCUGGUCAUCAAGGGGCACUGUUAGCAGCUCUUAUUCCUGGAAUCAACAUAGUUAAAUUACUUUUAUUGGGACUUGGAAUAUUGAAGGAUGAUGCGACUACCAAGUCUAUGAGCAGAUUUGGAGACUACAGGGAACUUCUGAAGGGGCCUUUAUACUAUGCUCUUACCAUCACCUUGGCUUGUGCUGUCUUCUGGAGGACUUCUCCCGUUGCAAUUGCGUUGAUAUGCAACCUUUGUGCCGGUGAUGGUAUGGCUGACAUUGUAGGCAGGAGGAUUAAAAGUCGCAAACUUCCCUACAACAGAAACAAAUCCAUUGCUGGCAGCAUUGCAAUGGCAGUUUCUGGUUUCCUAUCAUCUAUUGGAUACAUGCACUAUUUCUCCUCGUUCGGGUAUCUCCAGAAGACAUCCCACACGGUGAUCGGUUUCUUGAUCGUCUCUAUUGCUUCGGCUUUGGUUGAAUCGCACCCUCUAAGCACUGAGCUUGAUGACAACCUUACGGUGCCUCUAACCUCUGUAUUAUUGGGCAGUUUUGUUUUCUGAUGCGGGACACUCCCAAAGCUUUCGAUGGGUGCUGUAAACCUUGGUGAACGUGAAGGUUUUAAAGAAAAGGUCUUUGGAAGUAUUUCAUGAAGAUAACUUUUCGUCAAGUUAUGUGGAAGAAAGACUUGGCCUUUUUCCUACACGGAUUCAGCACUUCUUGUAAUUAGUUUAUGUACCAAAACAAGCAAACCCAAUAUAUCCCACUUGGAGGUAUAUGUUUGGGUAAUAAAAUCUCUUCUCCAUUUAUGAGAAUGUGGAAACUAUUUUCAGAUUACAUUCUUAUACUCCGUACUACUGAAAACCAUGGGGACAUGGCAAAUACCUGAAAAUGUGUUAACAUCAUUUGAGGAGUGAAGCUGCUAGCUAGUUUAGCUAAAGUGAAACAAUAUAAACCCCCAACCAUGCUGUAAAAACCGUAAAUGUCAGCUAGUAAUUCACCACAAGAGACGAGUUCUCUGAAAAACAGUAGGUUCCAUUCAACAUCUGUUUCAUAUUUGCAGAAUUUGACUUAAUACUUAUAGUUGAUUAUCCG